AUGCUCAAGAAGAAGGCAGCGGCCAGCGUUCUCACUGCCUCGACUUACAAUAAUAUCCAAAUUUCUAGUGGAACUGCAGGAACUGCCGAGACCGAAGCGAAUGCUCUCUUCGCCAACAUCGACAUGAACAACCUCGCCGGUGUCUCAGCAGCCGAUCUUAAAAUCAUCAAGGGCACCCACGAUGCAGCCGAGAAUGCAGAGGUCCAAGCCUUCAACCCAGCCAUCGCAGCAGCCAGUGGUGAUGCCGCUACAGCUCUCCAGAACGGCAAGAUAAAGAACAAGGUCCUCAAGCUUACGGCUGAGGUUCUCGGUAUCCAGGUCGACGUUGCCCAGGGCGGAAGUGGCAGUGAUUUGGCGGCUGAGCAGACGAAGCUUGCGAAUAAUAUUAAGCUUGAUACUGCUGCGGCGGGACAGGCUUCUACUGCUGUUCCCUUCGACGCGAGCACUUAA